UUUCUUCCACAUUUUUUUUUUUUAUUUUUUUAAUUACUGUUCACAAAUAUUGGUAUUAAAAACUUUUUUCUAGUGUAAUUCAUAGUGUAUUUGUAAUAUGAAUAUUAUGGUUAUCAAAGAAUUUAAAUACUUUUAUAUCACAUGCAAGUAAAAAUUCUGUAUGAUAAAUUGAUAGUAAACAAAAAUAAUCAUAUAUUUACAUUUAAAUCAUUCAUUUGCACGGUUUUCUGAAAUAAUACGUUAAUUUUAUAUAAUUCUAUUGUUAUUUAGUCAUUAUAUUCGAGAUUAAUAAACAUUCAUUUGCUGGUAAUAUCUUAUAAAAAACAAAUUGAAGUAUUAAAAUUAUUUUUCAUAAUUUUUUUAAUUGAAUUUUUGAUUUUCAUCGUAUAGAAGAAAUUUAUAUUUCGAAAUUUUCUGUGGAAAAUUUCAUCUUUUUGUGUUAUUCGUAUAUUUUGUCCACCGUGUAUAUAACUGAUGAAAUACGAAAUAAUCUUAUGGGAUGAGGUGGGGGGCUUUCAAACUCAGUUGAGCUGCGUGAACAACCAAAUUAUGUCGGCCUAUCGGCAAUAUGUAUUUGAAAUUUCUUUCGACUAACUUGGAUACGCAUUCUGAAGAUUUGUUUACGUUAGCAAAUACAUAUAUACGUUAUAAAGUCGUGCAACAAUAAUUAAAUUUUUUUUAUAUAUUUGACGCAAAUCUUGUAAGAAGUUCAAGAAGUAUUACAAAAAUUGGACUUCUUCAAAUUAGAUUUCUGCAUACAUUCUUAAUAAAAAUUUAAUAUGUGUUAACACAGUAUCUUAAGUUAGAAACAAUAGUAAAAUAGUAUUGCUAUGGUUAAUAUUGUUUAUGACUCGUUUUGCAAUUAUUAUUAUUACGUGUUAUUGGAAAUUAUAACGUGUUUUCAAGACGUUUGGUUUGUUUUGAACCAAUUAAUUUGUAAUCAUGAAUGAUGAUCAAAUUAUUUCGACUUUGCCGGAUACACAAAAUGCGGAUUCAGUAUGUUUGACUCAGUCACAAGAAUUAUCGCAGAAAAAAGUUUUGUCUGUAUGGGGAAGAUUGUGCCCACUUAAAUUUCCCUUUAAAACAAUGGAAAUGACUAAGGAUGUUUAUACACUUGGUCGACUAGACACGUGUGAUAUUUGUGUAACGGAAAAGGAGUUGAAACCAAAGUGGCUUCUUGUAAUGAGUAAAAUACAUUUUAAAAUAACUAGAGAAUAUAUUGAUGGUAAUACUGAGGAUGCUGUUGUGUAUUUAGAAGAUUUAAGUCAUAAUGGAACUUUUAUUAAUAAGAAAAGAGUAGGACGAGGAAAUAAAGUAGUACUUGAAAGUAAUGACAUUAUAUCUUUAGCUCAACCAGUAGUCACUGUGUAUGUAUUUAUGAGUACUAUUGCAUUUGAAAAUAAUGACUUACCUUCUGAACUUAAAAAUAAGUAUGCAGUUUCACGCACAUUAGGAUCUGGUGCUUGUGGAGAAGUGAAACUAGUUUUCUCUAAAGUUGGCUGUAAAAAAUUUGCUAUGAAAACCAUUACAAAAAUAAGUACUGUGUCAAAUGGACAAAGAUAUGCAAUAAAUGAUCCUGAUAAGAUUAUGAAUGAAGUCAAAAUAUUGAAAGCCUUAAAACAUCCCUGUAUAAUUAGAAUGGAAGAAAUUGUAGAUACUCCUAGGGCAGUAUAUAUAGUUCUGGAAUUAAUGGAAGGUGGUGAACUCUUCGAGAGAAUAAAAAGCAGGGGAAAAUUAAUAGAGAAAUAUGCAAAACUAAUUUUUUACCAAGUUGUAUUAGCUGUAAAUUAUCUUCAUGACUGUGGUAUAACUCAUAGGGAUUUAAAGCCAGAAAAUAUAUUAUUAGCCAGUAAUUCUGAUAUAACAUUAGCAAAAGUAUCUGACUUUGGUUUGUCAAAAUUAGUUGAUGCACAAACUAUGAUGAAAACUUUCUGUGGAACACCUAUGUAUGUUGCACCUGAAAUAUUAAGUAGUAUUGGACAUGGUUCUUACACGAAUCAAGUAGAUGUAUGGAGUUUAGGAGUAAUAUUAUAUGCUUGUCUAAGUGGUGCAGUUCCCUUUAACUGCCAGAAUAAAAACAUUAGUUUGCAAGAGCAAAUAAAGAGAGGAUAUUAUAGUUUUCCUCCUUCUAGAUUUGGACAUGUUUCAAAUAAAGCUACAGAUUUGAUUAGGAAAAUGAUGACUGUUAAUCCCAAGAAACGUAUUACCAUAAAGCAAGUGUUGUUACAUCCUUGGUUACAAGAUCGUGAACUAAGGGAUACUGUGGAUAUGUUAUUUUCAACUGAAAAUAAUGAAAAUAUAGCGCCGCAAAGUAAUUCAAAUAACAUCCAAUAUAAGAGUGAACAGCGUCCGAAUUUAAUAAAACGAGCGCGCUUCGAACUAUAGCGGAAACAAAAAACAUAGUAUUAAUUAAUAUAUAACUGACUCACUGCCUUCUGAAAUUAGCUAUUAAUGAUUUUUUCUUUGUUAAAUAAAAUCAUUAAGUUUUUA